GUAUCUGCCACGUGGUAGUAGCCAUGGGCAAGUCAUUCAACGUAAAUUCUGUUUCCUCAUCCAUAAAGUGGGACUGUUACUAAUUACUUCACAGAAUUAAGAUUAAAUGCAGGUGAAAGCGCUUUUGUAACCUUGUUGGUAUGAAAGUUACACAAAGAACAUCGCUUCUCCCGUGCUUGGAAUCUAGGAGUAGUACACCGUUUCAGCUUGCGCAAAAGACCUGAAAUUUAAGGCGAGAAAAAUCUACUGAGCCGCUCUGCCAAGAACAAUCUUUGGCGCGGGGCGUGACUCAAGGUAGUGGUUGCCAGGGAAACCGUCGGGCGUCCCUAGAAUCCGAGCACGCGCGGCGGGGCAGCCCUGCUCUACAUCCUUUCAGAGAUAGCGAUUGGUGGAGCUCCGGCCAAUCGGAGAGGGCGGCGGGGCGGGGCCGGGCAGUGUGCCGGGGAAGGCGUUCCCGCCGCUUCGCUCCCCGACUUCCGGGUCGCGGUGCUUGCAGGGAGUGUACCGCGAGUAGCGUCGUUUCCGUUGCCGGCAGUUUGCAGUCGGGGAAACCGAGGCAGCUCCAGCUCCUCCUCCUAGUUCUUCCCGUUCCCGUGAGGAAAAAAUGUUUAUUUCUUUGUGGGAGUUCUUCUAUGGGCACUUCUUUCGAUUUUGGAUGAAAUGGCUCUUACGACAGAUGACUGGAAAAUGUGAAUUGCAGCGAAUUUUUGAUACCUAUGUAGGUGCACAAAGGACACACAGGAUAGAAAAUUCCUUGACAUACUCCAAGAAUAAGGUCUUACAGAAAGCGACACUUGUUGUUCAGAGUGAAGUGGACAGAUGUGUAGUAGAUAUAAUGAAGGAAAAGAAUAUUAACCCCGAGAAGGAUGCCAGUUUUAAAAUCUGUAUGAAGGCAUGCUUACUACAGAUAUCUGGUUAUAAACAGCUCUAUUUGGAUGUAGAAAGUGUGAGAAAAAAACCGUAUGAUUCUGAUAACCUGCAACAUGAAAAGCUGCUUCUCAAGCUUUGGAAUCUUCUAAUGCCCACGAAAAAAUUGAAGGCUAGAAUCUCCAAGCAGUGGGCUGACAUUGGUUUCCAGGGUGAUGAUCCCAAAACAGACUUCAGAGGCAUGGGAAUACUUGGAUUAAUCAAUCUUGUGUAUUUCAGUGAAAAUUAUACCAGUGAAGCUCAUCAGAUUCUUUCCCGUUCAAAUCAUCCAAAGUUAGGGUAUUCUUAUGCAAUAGUUGGAAUCAAUCUUACAGAGAUGGCUUAUAGCUUGCUGAAGAGUGAAGCUUUGAAGUUUCACCUCUACAACUUUGUUCCUGGUAUACCAACAAUGGAACACUUUCACCAGUUUUAUUGUUAUCUUGUGUAUGAAUUUGACAAGUUUUGGUUUGAAGAAAAGCCAGAAAGUAUUAUGUAUUUCAACGUGUACAGAGAGAAGUUUCAUGAAAAGAUUAAAGGACUCUUACUGGAUUGUAACGUAUCACUUACUUUAAAAAUAUGAAUCAUCCGUAGUAUCUUCUAUUUCUACCACAUUUUGCACACACAACAGAAUUUAUAUGUUGUAAUAGAAAUUAUCUGAUCAAUUACACUCCUUAUAUAUAAUUUCCUACAAAAAUGUUUCAGAAAUUCUAUUUAACAAAGCUAGUAGACAAUCAGUGUAUGUUUACACUUGUUUAUACACUGUCCUCCAAAGGUACCUUAUCCUUCCAAAGAUCCCCUCUGUAGAGUCAUGUGAACUACAGUUUGGAACUUGGGACUUAACCCAUUUAGUGUAAAAGUACAAAUCAGGUAUUUUUAUUAACUUGAUUAAAAUGUGUAAAAAUCAGUUUCAUGUUUAUGUAUUGUAGCUGUCAAGUUGGUAUCUUUUCAGAGCUCCUAAGAUUUUUUGUUUUUUAGUCUGGAAAUGAUUGUUUUUUAAUUUUCUUUGCCUUAUUUUAUCUGUAGGUUAAUUAACAGAGAGAUUAGUUCUUCAUGGUUCUCUUUGUUUGCAUUUCAAUCACACAUCAUACCGUUGCCUCACAGGAGCAAAAGGAGCAUAUAGAAAAGUCAGAGAAGACAGAAUUAUGGCCUUCUUUUCGGUUUCUCUGAUUAUGUCAUGUAAUAGGUAAUGAGGGAAUGACAGUAUUAGUGAUUAGCUUUUUUGUUCUUAACUACCACACUGAAAUAUCACAGUGGAAUUUUAAAGCUUAAAGACAUUUUCUCAUCUUCACUAUUUGCUUUUUAUCAGUUAGAGAGAAGAACUUUUAGUUAGUGCUUGGUAUGAGGGCCUUUCAUGAAGCUUCUCUAUGGAGGUAUGUUUAUGAAAAGAGGUGCAUUUGCUAAGAAAAUCUUGAUUAUACUCAAAGCACAGGUGCUAUUUCAAUAAAGCUGUCUUUGAGUUUUAACAAGAGAAAAACAAAGCUUGUAAACAUCUCAGUUAAACAUCGUUGGUUUAUUUUACUUACUGUUAAGUCUUGCUUCUCUUUGCUUUGACUCCACAGUGUUUCUAGAUAAUGAUGUAUGGACUUCGUGGGUAUUCUUUGAGUUAACAGUCUGUGGGGUUCUAAAGUAGCCUAAGGAUGAUGACUGUGCUUUUUGUAUAGCUUUAUUCUCCGAAAAUCUCAGGAGAGCAGCAAGUGCUGUCAAGGAUUAUAUAGUGAUGAGAUUCUAACAGGAACGAUUUCUUCUUUGUGUGUUUUAGACAUUUGUACUCAUAGCAAGACUAAAAGUUUAAAGAUAGGUUCAUCUGAUUACCAAAUUCUCCCUAAAUCCUACAGAAAGCAGCCUAUUAAACACAUAAUUUAAUUUAAAACAUGAGGAUAGUUAGCACACCUUUAAAAUGGUAUAUAUCAAGUGUUUAAGGACUGGCUUUUAUGUGAUAUAGCAAGACCUGAAACUUUCAAGUAUUUGUUUAUGUCUAUUGACAAACCUCUCUCUUUAAACUUGCCAAAGAGAAGAGUGGUUAAAAAAAAUAAACAAUUGGAAAAAUAGUGGCGAAACGCUUUUCAGUAUUAUAGGAAUUUUAAAACUGGUUUCUUAUAGGAGACUUCUCAACCUUGGGAGUAUCUUAACUUCUUUAAAUGUUUUCUAUGCUUUAUCAUCCAGCCAGAGUUCUAUGAGAUAAGGAUCAGGUAUUAACCAUUAAAGUUCAUUUUAUCAAGGUGUUUGCCAUUACAUGGAAAGCAAUUGUUAGUCUUUUAGUUUUAGAAAAUGUUUACCUUUAUAUUUUAGUCUUUUAACAGAUGAGGUCUUGAACUGAUUUAAACCUUUGUCUGUAUGCUUAAUAAAAGAAUGAUUCAAGUAUGGAAGAGGAAACUUUUCAAGUAAUUAAGUUUUUCCCCUUCUAGGGAGUAAAACAAACUUUUUAAUAAUGUUUUUAAAAUGUUAUUAGAAAUUUUGUUCAAUAAUAUAUUAUUUAAGUCCACCUCUGUUUGUAUAAUGUAUUGUUCUGUUUUUGCUUAAGAUAAUCUGUAACCAUUUCAGAUAAUUCUACAGCAAAUUGGUCUAAAAGCCACCAACAGAUUCUGAGGUUUGAUAGUUUGAAAGCCAAGCUAAGUGUCACCAGUUGUAAAUUAGAAUGUAACAUGAGCCUUCUGACUUUCAUGUGAUAAUGACAUACAUGAAAAGAAAAAUAUGAUAAUUGUGUCUGCCUUCCUACUUUUCCUUGCUUUCAACAUAUGUAUGUUAGAAUUUUAGGUAGUCUGAAAAUCCAUAUUUAGAAUCUUACCUGUUUCUAUAAUAAUAAAAUACCAAAGUAGUGAUAGAAUUGAAGUAGCAGGAAAAUUGUUUGUUUUAGCAUCAAAAAAGUGAAUCAGUGCUGAAAUGAAUUUUUGUAUUUGCCAGAUUGAAGAGUGAACCAGUGAUAAGAAUAGUCUAAAAAUAUAAUUACAAUGGUUGCAGUUUAAAUAUGUUCUGAAAGACAAUCUUUAAAGAAUUGAGAGAAAUCAGGGGGUUAUCAGCGAACCUAGACCAACCCCUUUCUAUAUAUAAAUAUGGUGAUAUAGUUAGAUAUAAAAAUCAGUGUCUUACUGGCACCAUUUACAAUUUAGAAAACAAUCUUUUUCUUAAAAAUGCCCGUCCUGAUUUUUUUCUAUUUUAAGAGCAACUGGGAUUUGUAUGUAUUUUUCUAUGCGAAAUACAUGUACGCUUCAUUUUUAUUCCAGUGUUCAUAAUUGUUUAUGUGCUGUUUCUCCCCUUUGCAUUCAGUGAAAUAGAACUUGGUCAAAGAUUUGCUCUAAGGAGAGAAGCAUUACAUGAGUGUGAAAGUGGAGUGCUCAUUGCCAGAGCAAAAGAGAUUACAUGUUAUCUUGGCACAGAAGGGAAGAAAUUUGGCUUGGAGGGCAAUAAUGUUUAUUAGCCUUCUUGAAUUAAUGAUUGGGGACCAGCAGCUAUUUUCUCAGGAUAAAUGGUCCACCCAACUUCUGGGGAGGCUUAAUUUCCAUUUCAUAUUUAUGAACCUCUCCACAGAGUAAUUUUUUUUAAUGAAGAUUAAGGGAAUUGGUAAAAAUCUGAGAAAAAUCAUGAGUGAGUUGUUUUUGGUUUUUUUUCCUGGCUUCAGCUUUCGAUAAGAAAAAUGUUAAACGUAGUGCAGGUAAGACCCAACUACUGCAUUACUGUUACAGGGCGAGUCUAUGUUUUUGUUAAACAAAGUAUUCAAAAAAUAUUUAAGCAGUAGCUUUCCCUGGGGGAAAGAGUGCUGGUUGGCAACUUAAAGAAAUAGAUUUUUGUCUACUUUGGAUAAACCAAUUAACUUCUCAUGUAAAAGCAAUAGUUGAAAUGCGAUGUCAUUUUGUCUGGAAUGUUGUGAGCAAAUAAAAACAUGUUGAAAUUGUUAGAAGCCUUUCUGUUAAUACUUCUGCUCGCUUCCCAUCUUCCUCAUCCCUUAUUUAAGUCAUUUAUGUUCAUGAAAUAAUACUUUUCUUAUUUAAUCCUUUAAUCAUGUU